CCUUGUCAUUUCCGCCCGCCUGCUGCUGCUGAGAAGGCCCUGCCCCCUAUGCAAAACAGUGACACUUCCAGAAGGACAUCGUGAGAGUAGGAGUCCCGGCCAAGAAUAAACAUCGAAUAAUUAAGAAAACUAAGUCAUGGACUGCAGAACAGCUGACCUCCAAGUACGAGAAACAUCCUAAGCGACUGGAGGAAAGCCUCCCUGCAGUAACCACCACUUGAGAGGUGACGGACAGCAUAGACACCCCUAGACCGAGUGAGCCAAAGCGAGGAUCUGUGCGUGCACGCGAGGCUGGGACUCUCCACCCCAAAAACCCGACCUCGGAUCCUGACCCCCUUACAGCGGCAGGUGGCGGCCUUCCCUCCGAGCUCCCCUUUAAUAAAAGAGCUGUUUCUAAAUAAAGGCUUCGGCCCUGAUCAAUUUCUAACAAUUUUGGGGGCUCGUCCGGGAUACGGCCACGCCCAGAAGAGGACGUCGGAAGGGAAGGCGCCACCCCGAAGACGCCCUCUGGGUCAGCUGGCCACCCCGGACCCGGAGCAGCGCGGGACCAGGACAACGCUUGGAGGAAGAUUUGAAGGACCGUAUCAAGUUCUCCUAACCUCCCACGCGGCCAUCAAAACCCAGGAAAAAGGGUGGACGCACAUAUCUCGAAUAAAAGGACCCCUACCCCCACCGUGCACCCCUUCUGGCUCUGCAACUACUCCCCACCAGUGGACUUCUAGACGUGACCCUAAGACCCUGAAAGUAACAUUGAGGAAAGAACCAAAAAAAGACUGAAGACUGGAAAGCCUGAGAAGCUGAUCAAAGUUGCAAGUUCAGUUGCUGACAUUGUUACUAGUUGCCGUUGUAGUACUUUAUAGUAUAAGUAAGUUAAAAGUUACAGUUAUAUCACUAAGUUAUAAAGUUACAGUUGUAUAGCUCUAUAGAACGAGUAAGUUGUUGUGUUAAAGUAAUUUGUAAAAAAAUGGUGCCAAAAAGCAAUACUCCUCCCAUAGUACCAUUCAUACGAAACCCAAAAUUAAUUCGUCCCCUCAUGGAACAUUUUCCCAGUAAGGCGCCAACUAAAUUAUUAAAUAAAAGAGAAGGGAAAGUAAAAAGAGAGAAAAGUGCAAACCCUCCAAGAACAGGACCGGUUACCAAGAGGCAAGCCCGGGUGGUAUCAGGAAAAGGGAUCCACACCGGACUCUUGGUCAAGUUACUGGUAGUCCUAAUUGCCGCGAGCCUGGCGGAAGGAGGAUGCCCACGGUGCUAUAGUCCGGUCUAUGAAGGAGAAGACUUGCGAGCUCUCUUUCAGGUCCAUACUCAAAUACACCCUUCUUGUUUUAAUAAGGCACAAUUGGCUGUAUGUGAAGAAAGUGGACAAAAAUAUUGGCUGGCCAAAAACAUUGCCCCUUUUGGGCAGCGCCUGACAGGAGAAUGUCCUAUCAGGGAGUGGUUCUGCGUUGAAAAUCUAAAUAAUAUCCCAGGGGCUGAAGAUCUAAUUAAAGAAAAGUUCAUACCUCCAAGAGAUAUUGAAUUAAACGAGGCUCAUAGUGAAAAUCUGUUUAUAGAAUUAAUGGAAAAGAUAAGUCAUGAAUUAAAUAUAACAAAUUGCUUCGUCUGUGGCAGUACCCAAAUGGCAGACGUAUGGCCCUGGGAAGGCAUGAGCCUAACCCCCUUAGAAAUCUUAAGAUGGUUACAAAUGAACCCAGACCUUCCACAGGAAGGUGGGCGUAGGGCCGAAAAAUGGAAAUUAAAAACAAAAGCUAUUGGAGAGGUAUGCAUACAAAGGAAAGGAAGAAAAUACAAAACCUUUGUAGGGGCCAUGCCAUGCAAACAAACUAUGUUUAUGAAAGGGGGAAAAAAGGGAUGGAUACCCAAAGAAGCAGAAACAUACUGGGCAAGUGAAAAGAAGGAAAGUAGUUGUUUGUAUCAUGAUGAAUACGGUCUAUACGAGUGUCCCAAUAAAGGGUGGAAUCCCUUUCGAGGAAUACCAACCAUAUCCAAAUACUGGGAAAACCCCUUAGAAACCCAGGUAGGUUACUGGAAAGCCCCGUCAUAUCUAUUCUGGAUAUGCGGCGACCAAGCCUACACCCUCCUCCCAGAUGACUGGACAGGAAUAUGUACAGUAGGAAUCAUCAAACCGGCCUUUUUCCUCCUAGAAAAGGAGUCGGGACAUCAUUUAGGGGUUCCCUUAUAUGACCACAUGAAAAAGAAGCGGAGGCAUGUCAUCGAUCUUGGAAGCACUCAGAAGUGGAAAGCGUAG